GCUGCUGGGCGCCCAGGCCGCGGGCUCCUGUUCCAGGUGGGUCCGUGGGGGCUCGGCGGGGCGGCGGCCGGAGGACGAGCGGGGGGCGCUGCUGGGGUAGACGAGCGCUCGCGCACACUCUCGCCGGCCGCCCGCCAGCGGGCGGGAGAGGGUUUCCCCGAGACGCCGACUCGGGGCGGGGACCGCCACGUUCCCAAGGGCGACCUGGGUGACAGAAGCAAGCGGAGAGAGGAGGGCGCUGCGCUCACCGUCCGCCCCGCCCGGGUGAGGUGGCCGCCCUGCCCACGCCCCGAGGGGGACGCUGCCCCAGCCUCGCACCCGCGCCUCUGGCCGUGGUCGCGGCCGCCCCAAGGCGCGCCGGGCUCUCGGCGGAGACGACGGCCGCGCUCCCGCCGCCCGCCUGUGGGCGGCGGAGCAUCCUCGCCCCUCCGCUUCUUCCCUCCUGGCCCGAGUCCCCGCAGCCGCGCGGGGAUGAGCCCCGAGCCGGUUCCGCCGCCGUCCCCGCCCCCGUGUCCCGGGCGGCUGGGGGAGCCGUCCGCCCGGCGGCUGAAGGGCGAAGAGGCCUUCCGCGCGGGCGACUACGAGAUGGCAGCCGAGCUGUUGUUGGCCGGGCUGGCGCAGCCCGACCGCGGCCUGUGCCUGCGGCUGGGGGACGCGCUGGCUCGCGCGGGCCGCCUCCACGAGGCCCUGGGCGCUUUACGCGUCGGGGCGCUGCGGCCUGAGGAGCUGGGGGAGCUGGCGGGCGGCUUGGCGCGCGCCCUGGGCCAGCGCGAGGGGCGGCUGCAGCCUGCGAAGCCGGGCGAGGGCCAGUCGGCCUCGGCGGCCGCGGCGCCGCGUCACCUGCUUGGCUGCCCGCGCUGCCAGCGGCUGCUCCACAAGUCGGUGACCCUGUCGUGCGGGCUCACGGUGCGCAGGCGCUGCGUGGACUUGGGGCUCGCGCGGCCGCUGGCCCGGCGAGUCAACGUGGUGCUGAGCGGCCUGCUGGAGAAGUUGCCGGCCGAGGGCCGGGUGCGCAGGCUGGCGGGCCAGGCGCGGAGUUUGCAGCGUCAGCUGCAGCCCGAGGCCGCGCUGCUCAGGUGCGGCCAAGCCCUGGACCUGGCUCCUGGUGGUAAUUCAAUAUUACUACUACGAGCAGAAUUAUAUUUAACCAUGAAGAACUAUGAGCAGGUGCUACAUGACACCAAUGCAGUUUGUCAGAAUGAACUUCUCUUGGCUAAAGUAUUUGUAUUGAUUGGCUUUGGAGAUAAUAAAUGGACAUCACGUGAAAGUGCAAGCUUUUUCUGGAUUGGGAAGAAGUAUGGAAGUGUUGAAGGAAUUUCUCUAUUGCCUUGCUUUAAAUCCUGAAUGUAACUCAGUAAAGAAAGAAGCACAGAAGGUAAUGUGUGAGGUAUUUUUCCCUGCUUCAGAAAAUAUGCAUCCAAAUUCGACACCUUCCAUCCAAAGCAGAAUGUCUAACUCCUGAUUAAAGGCUCAGUGUCAUGGCCAUAUAAACACCCAGCCUGCUCUGGAUGAAGAAUCCAUCUGAGAAGUGUGAUGUGUUUAGAAAUGCCAGUUCUUCAGUUUUAUAUUUUAUACUGGGUUUACACUUGGAGGAGGACAAAGAAGUGUUAGAAAGUAUCCUUCUGAUGGCACCCAGCACCCAUGUGAAGAGACAGCUUCCAAGUGAUUUGGAAGAUGCUCCUGACUUGAACGCCCCUGGAAAAAUUCCCAAGAAAGGUCACUGUUGGCAGAAAUUUUAAUAUAACUAUUCUGGCUGAAGAAUUAAUAUUUUGUUAUUUGUCAGAUGAACUAUCUGAUAGGAAGAGAAUUUACGAUGAAGAAAUAAUGGAAUUGUCAAACCUGACCAGAGACGUCCCCAUCUUUGUGUGUGCCAUGACCUUCCCCACCGUCCCAUUCACUCCACGUCUUUGAGCCCCACUAUUGGCUUAUGAUAAGAAGAUGCAUGGUAACUGGCACCAAGCGGUUUGGCAUGUGUUUAUCUGCUGAGCAUGCAGGGAUUUCAGAGUACGGCUGCAUGCUGGAGAUUAAGGACGUCAGAACGUUUCCUGAUGGAAGCUCAGUUGUGGACGCAAUUGGAAUUAGUCAGUUCUGAGUUUUAAGCCACCGUCACAGGGAUGGCUAUAACACAGCGGACAGUGAAUAUCUUGAAGAUGAAAAGAGUAAUGCUAGUGGUCCCGCUUGGUCCUGGCGGGUCCUGGCAGUGUUGCCACUGGAACGCAAGGCUCAGCUGGCCAUCCUUGGCAUGACCUCGCUUAGAGAGCAUCUCCUUGCCAUUCGGCGAAUAUUAGUCAUCAUCACACAUAAGAUGAAUAGUCAGCAAGAGCUGGGUGAUAGCAGGGCAAGAAAUAAUUGAUUUUCUUUCUCUGCCAAGGUUUUUGGAGGCCCUUGUACUUUUAUGAGGAGUGCCAGACUGGACAAUUAACGUCCCAUUCAUCAUGCUUUGCAAAAUGCUUGUUGAUAGGGUUGCAAAAUAGAGCACUGAGCAAACACUGCUUCCUACUCCAAAGUUUAAAAGUCUGUGCCUGGUGGAAUCUGUCUCUAUACAAAAUUGGCCUGAAGUUUACGUAGAGCCCAUGGUCAGAAAACAACCUGAGAAAAAUCUCCUUGAAGCAGAUGCUUCUCGUGUGCAGUUUACUGACACCACGUAUGGUUGACAUGUGGUUUAGGUUUUGUAAGAAGGAAGAAAUCCCUUCCCAGUAAAGUAUCUUGCUACACCAGAUGGGAACAGCAUGCUUCAGCAGCUAGACAGGAAGGGGGCAAUCACGUUGUUAUCCGGAAGCAGAUUUCUCAGAGCACAGGCUACCUGAAACUGGGCUUAGGGUUUGUGUGUCACUGUGAACUUGUCUGUGAAACUGAGGACUCAAACCAUUGUCCACUUCAGGAGCCAAAAUCAGUUCUUACCCAAGAAGUAGUAGCUACUGCAUAGAACUGUGUUUUGUAUCCUGUGGUAAUUUGGGUAUUUUAAGUUGCAUGUUGUAAUAAAAUGAAUAUAAAAAUACAAAAAGGUGUAACUUGAAUACAGAAAAAUCUGAGAAUAGUUUAGUUCAUUUGAGCAUAUAUAUACACAAAGAAUGAGCAAAAGUGAACUAAAACAGCAUAAUCCUGUUUCUUUAAUGCAACGGACACUGAAUAUUUAGGAAAUAGUCAUCUUUCUACUAGGAUUUGCAUUAAAAAUUAGGCCCACCAAGUAAAUUUGCAUUCACCAUCCAUCCAUUUGUAUAUGAAGACAUUAUUAAGCUGCUAUGAAAUGGAAAUCUACCUAUUGCAGGAAAAUAUAUGAGGAGAAAACAUGUAAGGAGAGAACAGUUUGUAUGAGAUGUAAGUACUCAGCAAGUCUGUCUACAACCCUAACCUAAAAAUUGUCAUUAGUGUUUUUGAGGGGUAAGGGAAAGAGAUAGUUCAAUGAUCAGAACAGGUGUUAUCUAUUAAAGAAGAAUAUGUAUAACUUCCAGACUCUAAAGCAUAUUGGUUAUAUUUCCUGGAAUAACCAUUCGGACCUGCGGUGCUGAGCGGCUCUUACUCGCCGACCCAGCUGAUGCUUUCAGUUGGCAUCUCGGUCUGUGAAGCGGAGGCUCUUCACUGAAGGAUGAUGAGAACCAGACUAGGGAGUGAACCACAGCUGUAAGGUUUGCUGUAUUCAUUCAAGGUGUGUGAUGUUUGAGUUUAAAAAACAUAUAUUUCAUAAUACCAAGUGGUGGCUUAUCAAUCCAUAAAGCAUUUUAUUAGACUUCAUAAUAGUAUUUCUUCUUAAUUGUAGGGGUUUUCCAUAGCUAAAACUCAGUUUCACCAUGGGAGUGAGAAAAUACUGUUCUUAGUUAUAAGUUACAAGGAGAAAACUUGGUUGGAAAAAUACUUUCCAGUCGGAUGUUGCCAGCGCUUCACUUAUGGUGAAUCUCAAAUCUCAUCUUGAACGUGGGUUAAAGGCAGUUGGGCCAAAUGAUUUCCAAACUAUUUUAGUAAUUCAAGUAUUAGCAAUAGCCUUUAACAUUCUUUGGCAUUAUACCCUAACCUGCUCAUCUGAAAGCGAGCAAAGCUGCAUUUAGUUUGCCAGAAGACCUUUAUUAGAAAAGGGUCAUGAAAGUGGGUUUGCACUGAUUAUUCCCUGUCUCUUUUAGAAAAUCUUCUUCUACCUUAAAGUCAAGUCAUUGCUGUUUGAAUUUGGGAGUGUCUGUCUAACCAUGUGAUCAUAGUUUCCCUAGGAGCCUUCCUGAAGUUUCUGUGCUGAGAGUGUUAGAGCUUUCCCCGUAACAGCUGGAUGCUGCUGCUCUCAGCCUCCCUCAGCAAAUGUCAUAACUGGUAUAGUUGUUUAAGCAGAACCAUUAAGCUUUCUCUUCCUGGUUGUGCCUGCCUCUGUCUGAGUCGUCAUCUCUUUGGGAGUGCUCUUACAUAAAAACCUGUUAAACAGUAAUGGCACAGCCUAGAGCAACAAAAGCUUUGGUUGGUUGGUUUUUUGGCCCCAAAAGGAAAUGACCACCAUCACGUCACACCCUGUCCUGCAUCCUACCCCGCGUAGUGCAAAGUGGGAGUAGCUGGGUACUUCCUGGGCACUUAGUGACAUUGUUUGUCAGGAAGUUGAACCAAAGAAAGUAUACCCCAAGUCCUGUUAUGAGGAAGUGUCCUUUUAUAAGUUAAUGAAAGAAAGAAACCCAAACUCCAGUUUGCUACAAAUCCAGCUAAAGCAGAACAAUCCCCUCCUCCUCUGCCUGCCCCUCUUUUUAAGGAUUUCUCAGAAAGUACCACAAUCUCUUGGGCAAAGUAAGAGCAUUCCAGUUCCAUGUUUCCGAAAAUGUUCUGACACUGAUGCCCUAGUUACGUUAGAAUAAAAACCAGUCUACUUAGGGGAGUAGCAGUGUGGGGGAGUGACUGCUCUGUAAGCACAGGACUUGACGUGCAGUGCACUCUGUUAGGUGUUUUUCCAUCCACUCCCUCAAGUGGCUUGACUCAGUUCCCUCCCUGCCUACAUCUUUGAAAUGCAGCUGACAUCCUGACCGGCAGUAUUCUGAAAACCUAUGAGAUAUAUAGGGCAUCACAUCCCAUAUGUUGUCCCUGUCUUCAGAAUUGAAAGAAUAUCUUCUGAAGUGCCAUAUGAAAACAGUUUAAAAUUUUAAGGAUUAUCCAGGCAACCACAGUA